GUGCUUUUUAUACUCUUUCUCUUUAAAUAAUAUGCCACCUAAUAUACAGCAAGAACCUUUAUUAAAACAAACCUCAUUUGUCAAUAGCUUUUGGUCCAAAAACAAGUCUGGUAUGGUUCAACUAUUGGACUAUAUCAAAUCAACCCAUGACGAUUUAGAUAUUGUUUAUAGUAUUUAUACUCAAAGGGCAAAUCUGGAAAAAGAGUUUGGUGAAAAGCUAUUGGCUCUUUCAAAUGCCCAGGAACUAGAUGUGCCUGCUGAAGACGGAGUCGCAGGAGCCUAUCAAGCAAUCGCAAUGGAGCUCAAGAAGACGGCUGAGUCACAUAUAGAUUUAUCAAAUAAACUAAAGGACCAAGUAGCAAGUGAACUCGAGGCCAAGCUAUCAGAGUAUAGAACUCUAUUUGACAAAUGGAACACGACUCUGCAGCAAGUGUAUGAUGAAAGACAAGAAAAGACGAUUGAACUACUGAGAGUGCGUUCUCAAUAUUUGAAAGAGCAUGAUCUUGCCAAAGGACAGUCAAAUCCAUCGUUGGAUAAACUAAAGGAACAAUAUAAAGCCAUGGUAGCAGAUGUAGAUUACCUGUCACAAGAAUGGAUUGAUGCAUGGACAGAAGCUUGUGAGACUAUGGAAGCAAUGGAAGAAGAUCGUGUAGAAUUGAUAAAGUAUAACAUAUGGGAGUAUGCUAAUCUGGCUUCGGCCCGAUUAUUAAUUCAGGACGAGUGGUGUGAAGUGAUACGAAAACAAUUAGAAAAGUGUAGCGCUGAAGAAGAAAUCGAAAAGUGUAUUUCAAGUUAUGGAACAGGGUCAACUAUUCCAACUACGAACGAGUACGUUGGUGAAGUCAUGAAGGAGUUGAAGAAAAAACAGCCAAAGCCCAUAGAAGAAAGAGACAAAGGUCAUAUGACAGAGGGCACAAUACGACAUAAAGUGAGUGACAACAUGGGUAGCACUGCAUCUCGAGGCCAAAUCAAGAGAAAGCCUUUGAACAAGUCUUUAAUGGAACAAGUAUCUCAACAUCAUCAUCAGCAAGAACAGACUGUACCUGAAGACACAACAACAAAGGAAAAGCCAAAGUCGGUUGAAGCCAUCUUGAGCUCGAUAGAUGCUCAAAAGAAUAACAGUGCAAAUAGAGAUUUUCAUCGUAGACAACCCUCUGAAUACAAGCCUGAUACAGGGUCAAUUCCUACUCGACGUGGUCAACGAACUAUAAAGGAGGUUAUUGAUGCGCCGGAGCAGCCUCCUAAAUCUCCACGUCCAACAGCUCAAGUUAUCCAGCCUGAAGAUCAUAGCGGUAGCUCAAAGAUCAUUGUCCAGCAACAGCAACAGCCAUUAAAUCAACAAUCACAACAACAGCAGAAUCAUCAUCAUCAUCAGCAACCAUCAAGUCAACACCAUGUUUUUCCUCCAACGGCACAAUACCAGCCAUAUGCCCCGGCAACACAGCAACCAUAUGCUCCAAUAGAUCAACGAUCACCCAUGAUACAACCACAAAGAUCGCCUAUGAUGCAACCACAGCGAUCACCUAUGAUACAACCUCAACGUUCACCCAUGAUGCAGCCAGUGGCAAUGCAGGCGCCUAUAUCCCCUAUGAUGCAACCACAGCGCUCUCCAAUGAUUGCCCCUCAAGCUUCGCCUAUGAUGCAGCCAUACCAAAGAUCUAUUCCCCCACCCAUUACCAUUCCAAAUUACAUGGCUCCUUCUCCACAACCAUCACCGGCCAUGGCCUAUUCAUCAUCGCCCAUACUUCGCUGGCCAACUAAUUAUAUUGACGGAAGGCCGAUCAUAGCUUGGGCACGCUCAAAAUACGACUAUGCGCCCACAGAUGCUACAGAAAUCCCUUUGACGAAGCAUUGUUUAGUAGGUGUAUUAGAAUCAGACUUGUCAGAAGAGUCAUGGUGGAUAGGCGCAGUAUGGGACGAAUAUCGUCAGACGUGGUCUAAUGCUGGUUCUGUUCCUGGUAACUUUAUGGAGAAGCUAUAAUAAGGCUACAUGCUUGUGUAUUUUAUAUAACAAUAUAAUAAAACGGAAAAAAAAAGUAUGAUAGAAUAAAAGAUAGGGGCUCAUGCUCUGUUGCCAAAUGGUGAAUGUGGUCGCGUUAUCGCCAUGACUUUCUUUGAUCUAUUUAUUUUAGGCGCUAGCUGAUUGUGCCUGUUUCUUAUUAUUUCAAGACUUAAGACUAGCUCAUAUUUAUCACUAUUCAUCUACUUUUUCUUGAUUUGUUUAUCUGGAGCACCUUCUCACACUAAACGUGAUAUGCUCUGACACUUUCUUUUC